GAUGCCCGGCGCCCCCUCCUGGAGAAGCCGGAACAGCGAUUCAGCCCCGAGGGGCACGGGCCGCCGAGCGUCCCGCACCCGGCUUCGAAGAUUUGGGGAUCCAGAACCGCGCAUCUUCUUCAGGGAUUCCCAGACUCCGAGCCCAAGACCCCGGUGUUGGAGAACUUGGGGAUCAGACGCCUGGCGCCCCGACAGUCUGCAGCAUCCAUCACUUCAAGGGGACCGAGGAGUUUGAGACCACUUGCGCGCCCUCCUGGGGGUGACUCAACCUCUGGCCCCCGAGGUUUAGAGAAACUCAGGAACCCAGGUCCUUCCCCAGCUCCGGCCCUACCUAGCAGACUCAGGAAUGUGGGUCCCCAGCGCCCCCAUCUGAGGUUCGCAGCACCUUUCACUUAGAACACCAAGACAUCGGACUGUGCACCCCAAGGCUAGGAAGACACUCGGGAUUCCGGAGCUUGAAAGCCCCAACUUCUCGACGCUGCGCCCCGACUGUACGCCUCCCUGGGGACCGCAUUAGGAUCCGGACCAGCCGGGCUCAGGGCUGGCGGCUCCCGGGGAGGUCUCAGGUGUACCACUCAGCCAUGCCCGAGGGAGCCCGGGGACCUAGCUUGUCCAAACCCAGCCCGAAGCUCGGGUGUGGCCACAGAGGUGAAGUUCUCCACUCCAUAACUGGGUGUGACACUCAGACAGCAGCCCCUGCAGCCCCCACCAUGGCUUCUCCCCGAGGUUCUGGUAGCUCUACAUCUCUGAGCACAGUGGGCUCUGAAGGGGACCCAGCACCAGGGCCCUCACCAACCUGCUCAGCCUCCAGGCCGGAGCCACUGCCAGAGCCCCCUAUACGCCUGCACCUGUCGCCUGUUGGGAUCCAGAAUUCAGUAAAACCUUCAAGGCUGGAGAGAGUGGCCAGAGAGAUCGUGGAGACAGAGAGGGCCUAUGUCCGGGAUCUUCGCAGCAUCGUGGAGGACUACUUGGGCCCUCUGCUCGAUGGUGGGGUCCUGGGGCUGAGCAUGGAGCAGCUGGGCACGCUGUUUGCCAACAUCGAGGAUAUCUAUGAGUUCAGCAGCGAGCUUCUGGAGGACUUGGAAAGCAGCAGCAGUGCAGGAGCCAUCGCUGAGUGCUUCGUGCAAAGGAGCGAGGAUUUUGACAUCUACACACUGUACUGCAUGAACUACCCGAGCUCCCUGGCCCUGCUCCGGGAACUGUCACUGUCCCCACCAGCUGUCCUGUGGCUGCAGGAGCGCCAGGCCCAGCUCCAUCACUCCCUGCCCCUGCAGAGCUUCCUGCUGAAGCCAGUUCAGCGAAUCCUGAAGUACCAUCUCCUGCUGCAGGAACUGGGCAAGCACUGGGCAGAGGGCCCAGGCACUGGAGGUCGAGAGAUGGUGGAGGAAGCCAUUGUGUCCAUGACUGCAGUGGCCUGGUACAUCAACGACAUGAAACGCAAGCAGGAGCACGCAGCACGCUUGCAGGAAGUGCAGCGGCGGCUGGGUGGCUGGACUGGCCCGGAGCUCAGUGCCUUUGGAGAGCUGGUGCUGGAAGGUGCCUUCCGAGGGGGUGGCGGGGGAGGCCCCCGGCUUCGAGGGGGUGAGCGGCUGCUCUUCCUGUUCUCCCGGAUGCUGCUGGUGGCCAAGCGUCGGGGGCCUGAAUACACCUACAAGGGCCACAUCUUUUGCUGUAACCUGAGUGUAAGCGAGAAUCCUCGAGACCCCUUAGGGUUCAAGGUGUCCGAUCUGACCAUCCCCAAGCACAGACACCUGCUCCAGGCCAAGAACCAAGAAGAGAAACGGUUGUGGAUUCACUGCCUGCAGCGCCUCUUCUUCGAGAACCACCCUGCUUCCAUCCCUGCCAAGGCAAAGCAGGUUCUCUUGGAGAACAGCCUGCACUGUUCUCCAAAAAGCAAACCUAUCCCAGAGACUCCAAUAUCCCCACUGGAGUCUCCUCGACUUCGAGAUGCUAGAAGUUUCACUCCUGGCAGAAGAAACACAGCUCCGUCUCCGAGACUCUCUGGUAGUCGCCGUGGCCGCAGGCAGUCUGAGCCAGUGAAGGACCCUUAUGCCAUGUUUCCUCAGAAUGAUCAGCCUAAAGUCAAGCAUGCUGGCAGUGAAGGGGAACUCUGUCCCCCCUCGGAAUUACAGCCCCCAUUGUCCACUUCUGGGCCCCCUGAAGACCUAGAGGAUGCUGGCCCUCCCACACUGGAUCCAUCAGGGACUUCCAUCACUGAGGAAAUUCUAGAACUGUUGAACCAGAGAGGCCUCCGGGACCCAGGGCCAGCUACCCACGACAUUCCCAAGUUCCCCAGAGACUCCAAAGUGACAGGUGACAGAGAAACCCUCCCGUUCCAAGCCCUGCCCAGCCGGGAGUCCUCAGAAGAGGAGGAGGAGGAGGAUGACGAGCUGGAGAUGAAUGAACGGGAGCCUUCCCCACUCCACGUCUUAGAGGGGCUGGAAAGCUCUGGUACAGCUGAAAUUCCCCGCAUUCCCAGCCUUACCAAGAUUCCUGACAUGACCAGCCUUCCAGAAAUUCCAGAAGUUCUCUCCGAUAUCCCCAGUGUUUUUGAGCUGCCUUGCCUUCCAUCUGUGCCCAGUGUGCCUGACAGUCCCAGCCUGGGGAGCACUCCUGCCCUCCCCUGUGACUCCUGGCUCCCUGGACCCCUGCAGGAGCCGGAGAAGGCUCUAGCCACCAGGAGAGAACUGUUUCCUGGAAGCAAUCCUGGAAAUCUGGGUUUGCCCACCUCAGGAAGCGUAGUGGGGCAGGAGGAAGAGGGUGAGGAGGUGUCACUCCCAGCUUUCUGCACCCAGGAUGUCACCCAGGUUCAGGGAUUCCCAGAGGACCUGGAAUACCGUUCUUGCUCAGAAAUCAGGAGUGCCUGGCAAGCUCUAGAGCAGGGGCAGCUGGCCCGGCCCUGCUUCCCAGAGCCUCUGCUGAUCCUGGAGGACUCCGAUAUUGGUGGAGGCAGUGGGAAUGGGAAGGCAGGAGUGCCACAUUCAGAGCGGGCAGCUUCCCGGGUGCGAGAGCUGGCUCGGCUUUACAGCGAGCGGAUCCAGCAGAUGCAGCGGGCUGAGACCAGGGCAUCCAGCAAUGCACCCCGACGCCGACCUCGGGUCCUAGCCCAGCCUCAUCCAUCCCCCUGCCCACCCCACGAGGAGGCUGAGCCAGGUCCCAUGCCUGCCUUUGGACACGUGUUGGUGUGUGAGCUGGCCUUCCCACUGACCUGUGCUCAGGAGACUGUCCCUCUGGCCCCUGCUGCUCUGGUUCAAGCUGCUACACCUUUGUCUAAGCAGAGAAGUCACCUGGAUGGCCAGAGUCUAAAUGUCGCAGAUUUGCCCAAGCAAGACCAUCUGGGUAGCUGCAUUCCACUGCCUUUGUCUGGAAAAGGAGAUUUCUGGAACAUGCAGGUUCCAUCCAAAUUCUCUUUGCCCAAGCAAGAAGGUCCUUCGGAUAUCCAGGUUCCAGCAGUUCCAACAUUGCCUGAUCAAAGCCAAGUUCCUACUACCACUCCUUUGACUGAGCACAGAAGCACCAUGGAAAUAGAGGUUCCAUCUGCCCCCACCUGCCUUCCUGGGCAAGGGGGCUAUACAGACCUGCAGAUGCCAACUACCCCAGCAUUGCCCAAGCAGGGAGGAAGUGCUGAUGUCACAAAUUUAGACACCACCCCUCUGCCCAAGGAAGAAGACCACACGGGCAGCCAGAGCCCAGGCAGUACUCCAGGAACUGAGCAAAGAGGUGUCAGGAUUGACCAAGGCCCACCUGCUGUCAGUGACCAACCCAUCAGUCCUUCACCAAUGCAGGCAAACAACCUACACCAUCAGAUCCCAGCCGUCACCCCACUGCCCUUGUCACCUGACCUCCCAGACAUCGAGGAGUCUGGUUGUUCUCCUCUGCGUAUGCGUGGAGGUCCCCUGGACUGUUGCAUCCCAGCUAGCCCUCCACAGUCUUUAUCCCAAGACCUUCCAGAUGUUCAAGUGCCAGCUGCCACACCCUUGGCCCUGCCUCAAGACCAUACAGACAUCAGAGUCCUCCUAUCUUUCCCCAAGCAGGAAGGACCCACAGAUACUCUGAGUCCAGAGGCUCCACCACAGCUUCUAGAGCCCGGCCCCACUGACACACAGACUCCCGGACUCCCACCUCCACGGGGCCAGCAGAACUCCGCAGCUGUCCGCGUUUUAGCUGCCACAUCUUUCACUGCACAAGGAUGCCCUCAGGACCCUCAGGGCCUGAUACCCACACCGGUGCAGACUGCCAUCAUUUCAUCCAAACCUGGAAGCCAUUCAGUCUCUCAUGUUACCAGGUCAGAGUCUUCAGACUUGACCCCACCCCAUAGCCCUCAGCCCCACAGUCGUCAGCUCCUGGGCCCCAGUGCAGCUGCCCUCUCCAGGUACCUGGCAGCUUCGUACAUCAGCCAGAGCCUUGCUCGGCGGCAGGGACCAGGGGGAGAGGUCCCCUCAGUCAUUUCUCGAGGUCCCUGGUCUUCCUCUGCCCCUACAUCUCGGGCACCUUCACCACCACCCCAGCCCCAGCCCCCACCACCCCCAGCUAGGAGGCUCAGCUAUGCCACCACAGUUAGUAUCCAGGUGGGAGGUGGUGGGCAGCUGCGGCCAGCCAAGGCCCAGGUCCGGCUCAACCACCCUACUCUCUUGGCAGCCCCCCACCCAGGAGCCUAUGGGCCUUCUCAGGGUCCAGGGGGCUCUUGAUGUCCCUUUUCAAAAUGUGAGUAUGGGCAUCAGGCUUCCCAAGCAGCAAGGACUUUAACCCCUUCACCUAGUGCCACCCACCCUCAGGACAUCACCCAGAGUCUAGACACAGGUCUAGAGGUGGCUGUGACGUUCCAGCCCCUGGUGUCUUUCACAGGUGGUCCUGGAAGCAAUA